AUGGCUCAACCGGAGGUAGGUUUUGUCGGUCUUGGAGCCAUGGGAGGCGGGAUGGCGAAACAACUCGUUACAAAAGGCUUUCCCGUCAGUUGCUAUGACAUUUAUCCUCCGUCCAUCGAAAAGCUCGUUCAGGCGGGCGGCAAAGCUGCCACAAGCCCUGCCGAUGCCGCUCGAGCUGCUGAUAUGUUGGUCGUAAUGGUGGUAGGGCCGGGUCAAGUAUCAGCGGUGCUAUUCGACAAAGACACUGGAGCUGUCCACGGGUUGCGGCAAAACGCUAUCAUCAUCAUCACCUCAACCGUUCCGCCAGAGUUUUGCGAAGAAGUGCAAGGCCGGCUGCACGGUGAAUUUGGUCGUCGCGAUGUCACGUUGCUCGACUGUCCCGUCUCAGGCGGCACGACUGGUGCAGCGGCAGGAACGUUAACCAUCUUCAGCUCUGGGACAGACGAUGGCCUGGAUAAGGCUCAGCCGGUGCUCAAGGGCAUGGGCACGAAGCUGUGCCGGAUCCCGGGGGGUAUCGGCUUUGGAUCUAAGGCUAAGAUGUGUCAUCAAAUCCCCCCUGAGGUUCAAAUCGCUCUAUCGAAUGAGGUCAUGGCCUUCGCAGCAAAAGCAGGACUAAACACCCAGGCGACCUUUGAUGCAGUUCAAGCUAGUGAUGGAUGGAGCUGGGUCAACGGAAAUCGGAUUCCACAUAUGCUGGAAGGGGACAAGAGCGUCUAUUCCGCAGUCCCAAACAGUCUGAAAGACUCUUCGAUCAUUGUCAACUAUUCACGGCUCGUGGACUAUCCAGUCUUCCUCACCGCCACCGCCGAGCAAGUAUACAAGGCCGGCAUUAACGCGGGCUGGGCCAAGGAUGACGAUUCGACUCUCUGGCGUCUGUACCUUUCCGGCUAUCCCGAUGACACGGUGCACCAAAUGACGAAACCGGGAUGCACUUUGAUUCCCCGUCAAGACGCCGUUUCAGUGCAAGACAUCAUCAACAUAUUCGUUGGCACCCACCUCGCCACAUGUGCCGAAACCAUGGGUUUCACCGAGGCCGUUGGCCUUGACACGGCUGUCAUGUACCAAAUCUUCAGCAAGGCCGCCGGAGCCAGUACGCAGUUCAUUGAGCAGGUGCCCAAGAUGAAGAAGCCAACCUGGUCCCUACGCGAUGUCCCGGAAGCCAGGGACAUCCUUAAAAGGAUGGCAAGUCGACCGCGAGUCAAAAAGAAAGUUGUGUUUCCACUAACGGUGAAGCAGGAAUUUUCAAUGGUCAAAGCGAGUUCAAUAGGUGCGGCGAUGCCUAUUGCGGCUGCAGCUGUGCAGGUUUUGAAGCAGUCUCUUCAGUAG